AUGGCCGAUCGCUAUAUCAGCGACCGCCACUUGCCCGACAAGGCCAUCGAUGUGAUCGAUGAAACGGGAGCGCGAGUGCGGUUGUCCCGACUCAACCCGCCCGAAGAGAUCAAAGAACUCGAGAUGGCUAUCGGCGAGAUCACGCGACAAAAAGAUAAAGCUGCCGAAAAUCAGCAAUUUGAAGAGGCGGCCAGCCUGCGCGACCGCGAGAGAGAACUUAAAAACGAACUCGAAAAUAUGCGCCAGGCGUGGGAAGUACAGGUGACAGACGAUGUGGUCGAAGUGACAGAAGAACACAUUGCCGAAGUGAUUUCGAGCAUGACGGGCAUUCCCGUGUUUCGUCUGGCACAGGCCGAAUCCGAAAGGCUGAUCAACAUGGCGUCAGAGUUGCAAAAGCGGGGUGAUCGGUCAAGAGGAAGCCGUUUCUACAGUGUGUCGCUCCAUUCGACGCACGCGCGCGGGUCUUAA